AUGGAUGUGUUGGCUAUUACCGAGACAUGGCUAACACCGGUCAUCAACAGCUGCGAGAUAUUGCCCAAUAUGAACUUCACUAUUCAUAGGAGAGACAGAUUUGAGCAUAACAACAAACGCGGAGGAGGCGUCCUGUUAGUAGUUCGUAAUACAGUGCCAUGUGUUAGAAGGCCUGGCCUCGAAACCUCAGCUGAAAUUGUUGUUUGCGAGCUUCGUCCGUCGUGCAAAAAAAAGAUAUUAAUGGCAGUUUUCUACCGCCCUCCUUCUUCUGAUUAUCUCUGUUUGAAAGAAUUUAUGAAAUUUCUGGACCAAGCCUCCAGGGCUAAAUUUGAUCAACUUUUGAUUGUUGGUGAUUUCAACUUACCAGACGUCGACUGGGCUACCGUAACUGCCUCUAUCGAUUGUCAGAUGUACACCCUCUUUACUAAGGCAAUUAAGGAUCAUUUUCUUUGGCAAUUUAUAGAUUUCCCAACCAGGAAUGAUCAUAUUUUGGAUUUACUGCUCACAAAUAUUCCAGACAAGAUUUCAAAUUUUAAAGGAUCUCAGGAUAUUUUGAACUCAGAUCACCAACUUAUUGAAUUUUCCUUGGACCUUCGAAUCAAGAGCCAACCACAUAUUAAACGACGACUAUAUAGUUUUAAGAAAGCUGACUGGAACGGCCUCAAACAUUCACUCAGUUUGAUCAACUGGGACCUGUGUUUUGAGGAAAACGACAUAAACACUUCUCUUACUAAUUGGUCUGAUACGUUCCUCGCGGCUGUUAACCAGCACAUUCCAACGAGCAAACCUCGAAAUGUAAAUGAGCACCCAUGGAUUGACCACCAACUUCUGAAUCGAAUUAAAGUAAAAAACAAAUUGAGAAAAGCGGUUAUCAAACGUGGAAGUACUCUAGACCAUGACCGGUUUAGACAAGCAAGACGCGAGGUUAAAGCAAUGAUUAAGAUGAAGAAAAAGCAAUAUGCAACUAAACUGAAGGAUUCGCUUCUCACCAAUAUCAGACGCUUCUGGUCUUUAGUUAAAUCUAUGACCGAACAAAACCGGUCACUUGGUUUCUUGAGGGAUGGUCAACGCUUUGUCACGAACAACAAAGAGAAAGCAGACUUACUUAACAACUUUUUUCAAUCAGUAUUCAGUCCUAACAAUGGUACUUCUGAGUCUUACCAAGAGCCAUCUACUAUACCGGUUCAUCAUUUAAGUGAAAUCCCGCCUUACAAUUUCAGAGGUAAUUAA